UCUCUCCUUCUGCAGCAACACGGCUUCUUACGGGGGAUGCCACCGGCGGUCCCCUGUCGUUCACUCAGGCGAGAUACUGCGUGGUGGUGGCUGAGGAUGCGGCACCCUCAGCCUCACUCGCCACCGUACGGGCCGUCCACAAGCAAGGCGCCGAGGUGAGGUACACGCUGACGCAGGGCAACAGGCAAGGGCUCUUCUCUGUCAGCCACGCCUCCGGGACCAUCACUCUGCAGGCGCCGCUUGACUACGAGGCCGCGGACAAGCAUGAGUUCGUGGUCCGCGGAGAGGGCGGCGGAUCGGCAGCGCACGCCUUGGUGAGGGUCUUGGUGGCUGACGUGAACGACAACCCUCCCGUGUUUGUACGACCCGAGCCACACGUCACGGUGAUAGAGGAGGACGACCGGGACCUCCCUCUGCCCCUGGCCAAGGUGGAUGCGCAGGACGUGGACGAGGUGGAUGCUGGUCGCCUCCACUACUCGAUCUCAGGUGACGGCGUGGAUGGCUUAUCCCCCAGCGAUGCUUACUUCACGGUGGACGCUGGCACGGGGGAGGUCACCCAGAGGAAGGCCCUGGAUCGCGACCCUCCGUCAGGCCGCGGUGUUUGGCGGGUAAAAGUGACGGUGAGGGACGGACAAUCAGGCUCUAGGGACGCUGCGAAAUCUAUGCAUGACAGCCCAGAUAGCCCCUUUGCCCUUAUCCCUACCAGAAGACUUCCUCGAGCGGCUGGCAUUCACGGGGAGGUGUCAGAGGCUAAAGAAGAAGAAAAAGAAGGAGAAGAAGGAAGUACCGGUGGUUUGCAUUCCGCCGAGUCCGUGAUAGAAGUUAGAACGAUACUUCCACUUGUUGACGCCGACAUUCAAGAGGAGGAAAAGGGAAGAAGGAGCAGUAGUCGAAGUAGUAGUAGUAGUCAUUUCCGGAGCAGAAUCAUCAGCAAUAGCACUAGUAGCUGUUGCGGUAGUAGUCGUAGUAGUAGUGAUAAUGGUAGUAGAAGUAAUAGUCUUUGUAAUACGAGUAAUAAUAGUAGCAGUAGUAAUAGUAGUCAUAAUCAGCUGCCUUCACCAAAGCACCUCAGACUCACGAAAGAUAUGGCUACUACUACUACUACUGUUACCACUACGACUACCACUACCACUGUUACUACCGCCACUACCACUGCAGCUACGACCACUGGAGACGGAGGAAGAGGAGGAGGAGGAGGUGGAGGAGCUUUACUACACGACCUCAUGGAGAGCCAGCCAAGAUCACAAUUCGUCGGUAAUCAAGAAGAGACGGACGACCAAAAAGACCAGAAACGACCCUCGGGAACAAAGAGCGAGAGGGAAAAACCUCGAUCCCUCUCACCCUAUCGCGCUGGCUGGUGGCGGAAGAAAAGGAGAAAAAGAGGAGAGCGGAGAGUCAUCGGAAAGGAAGAGAACGAGGAAAGAAAUGAAGAAAGUGAAGUUGGCGACCAGGAAUCAUCACCAACGCAACUAUUAAUACUACUACCUGAUGAAGAGGAAAGUGUAGCAGAACGAACGGAGGAACUGGAAAGCGAAAAAGAAGGAGAGCGGAACGGCGAAAGUGAGGAACAGCGUAGGAGAAUGUCACCCUCAAGAUUACUACCAGAAGGAGGAGGAGGAAGAGGAGGAGGAGGAGCAGCAGAUGGCAGUGUGAUAUUAGAUUCUCCUGCAAGGCGCCUCCGUAACUCCUACGUAACGACUCGCCACAACACUAUCGGGACGCGUCUCGAAGGACAUUCCACCUUGGACAACCCGAGACUGCAGGAACGCCUCACCGCCACCACCACCACCACCACCACGAAGACCCAAGUUCUCAGUGACCGCCCACCACCAACAUCUCACCUUGUCCCUUCUUCGUCUCCUCCAGCACCUCUUUCUUCUUCCGAUAUGGAGGGAAAGAGGACGGAGGGAAGGGACGGACAUGGAUGGCGAUUGAGAGGAGGGAGAGAGGAUGGCAUGAGCUGGCUUGCCUCAGGAGAUGGAUGGAGGAGUAGGAGCAGCAGCAGGAGGGGAGAAGAAAGUGUGAAACGAAGCGGUAAGCUCCCACGUACAGGGGAAAAAGUAAGCGAUGUUCAGAGGACGCGAGGAGAAAGGGGAGAGGUGAAAAAUGCCUCCACCUUCACCAUCACCAACUCGACAAGCGCCUUUUCCCCUUCCUCCUCCUCAUCCUAUUCCUCAUCCUUGACCAAACGACAGAGAUUUACCAACACCAACAACACCAGCAACACCGCCACCUCCAUCACCACCACCUCGAAAAGAGAACGAGAAGAAACUGGCGAAGUGGCGAGGAGAAAAAGUGGACGGCGAAUCUACAUUAGACGCUACUUAAACCUACCCACAAAGACUCUAGGCACACAUCUCACUCUCCGUGCCUACCCACACCUCUACAGCCUAUCUCAUCCCCCUCAAGCCUCAAAACAAGCUCUUCUUCACCUCCCAGACAGUGCUUCGACCUCACACAUGAAGCGACGUCGAAGUACCAGAAGAGGAUCAGGGACGUGGAAGACUCAGCAGCGACGGUUUUUGGGCGGUGUCGGUGAUCGUGCGAGCUCGAGGGAAGUGCAGCUUGAAGAACUAAAAAAUUUCCACGCCGCGAAGAAUGAGGAUGAUGGAAACGGGGAUAAGGAAGAUGAGGGAGGUGAGGACAAGGACGAGGAGGAGAAGGAGGAGGAAGAAGAGGAACACCUGCAGCCUCCCACCACCUCCGUCAUCGAGAACUCGAAGUCCUCGUCACCUUCCGUCAUUCCAGCCUCAACGGGUCCUCUGAAAACCUAUACGCACAUCAAAACGACCUCUUCCUCUGUCUCUACCACCACCAACACCACCUCCUCUACCACCACCACUACCUCAUCCCUCACCAUCCCGUCUCCUUCCUCCUCCUUCCCUCAAGAGCUGCCUUUGGUUAGUAAAAAAGAAACUACCAUUCAACGACCCUCCCAAAAGACGUCAAAGGACCGGCACCUCUCACCUUCAGCUCCCCGCGGCAGGCACUCCACUAGAAGGGAAAUUAGGGACCUCGAGACGUCUCUAUACACCAUGACGGAGGCGCGGCAGGAGGGUGAUAGCUACGGGGAAUGCGUCUACUACACCCCAACGACCCCAUCUUCAACGGCGCCGCCCGGGGAAGAUGGAAAGAAGAGGGGAGUACACGCGGCGGAGACGGUGCUGACGGUGGUGGUGAAGGACAUCAAUGACAAUGCUCCCGUCUUCCCCAACAUCACGAUCUUCGGUCAGGUGAUGGAGAACGGCGCCGCGAACCUUUCCGUGGCUGUCGUCUCCGCCUGGGACGCCGACGAUGCCUCUGAGGGGACCAACGCUAAGCUCACGUACUCCAUCGAGAAGAACGUGAUAGACGAACGCACCGGCGAGGCAAUCUUCGCCGUGCACCCCGAGACUGGCCUGGUGCGAACGGCUCUGUGCUGCCUGGACCGUGAGACCACGCCUGAGUACAACAUCCAGGUGGUGGCGACGGACGGCGGAGGACAGAAGG